AUGGCCACUACUGCUCCAAAGAAACAUAUCAAGACUCAUUCUACUUAUGCUUUUGAAAGCAAUACCAGCAAUGUUGCUGCUUCUCAGAUGAGAAACGUUUUGAAUAAAUUGGCUGACAAAGUUGAUGUUAGUGAUCCUUCUCAUGUUAGAUUCGAAAAUGAAUUGGAUUCCUUCUUCAGUUUAUUUAGAAGAUAUUUAGUCGAGAAGUCCUCUGGUAACACUUUGGAUUGGGAUAAGAUUAAAUCUCCAAACCCAGAAGAAGUUGUGGAUUACAAAGUAAUUGAACAACAACCAGAAAAUGUAUCCAACUUAUCUAAAUUAGCAGUUUUGAAGUUAAACGGUGGUUUAGGUACUUCAAUGGGUUGUGUUGGUCCAAAAUCCGUUAUCGAAGUUAGAGAUGGUAACACUUUCUUAGAUUUGUCUGUUCGUCAAAUUGAAUAUUUGAACAGACAAUAUGACAGUGAUGUCCCAUUGCUAUUAAUGAACUCUUUCAACACAGACAAAGACACAGAACAUUUGAUUAAGAAAUAUUCUGCCAACAGAAUCAGAAUUAGAUCUUUCAACCAAUCUAGAUUCCCAAGAGUUUACAAAGAUUCUUUAUUGCCUGUUCCAACUGAUUACAACGAUUCUUUGGAUUCAUGGUACCCACCAGGUCACGGUGAUUUAUUCGAAUCUUUAUAUGCCUCUGGUGAAUUAGAUGCCUUAAUCUCCCAAGGUAGAGAAAUCUUAUUCGUUUCCAAUGGUGAUAACUUAGGUGCUACCGUUGACUUGAAGAUUUUGAACCAUAUGAUCGAAACCGAUGCUGAAUAUAUUAUGGAAUUGACCGACAAAACAAGAGCUGAUGUUAAGGGUGGUACUCUAAUCUCCUACGAUGGUCAAGUACGUUUAUUAGAAGUUGCUCAAGUUCCAAAGGAACACAUUGAUGAUUUCAAGAACAUUAGAAAAUUCAAGAACUUCAAUACUAAUAAUUUAUGGAUCAACUUGAAGGCUGUUAAGAGAUUAGUCGAAUCGAGUGCUUUAGCUAUGGAAAUUAUUCCAAAUGAAAAAACUAUCUCAAGAAAGGGUAUGGAUGUUACCGUAUUACAAUUAGAAACUGCAUGUGGUGCUGCCAUCAGACAUUUCGGCGGUGCCCACGGUGUUGUGGUCCCAAGAUCCAGAUUCUUGCCAGUCAAGACAUGUUCGGAUUUGUUAAUGGUUAAAUCAGAUUUGUUCUACUUACAGCAUGGUGCCUUGAAGUUGGAUCCAACCAGAUUUGGUCCAAAUCCAUUGAUCAAGUUGGGCUCCCAUUUCAAGAAAGUAUCUGGUUUCAAUGCCAGAAUCUCUCACAUUCCAAAAUUAUUAGAAUUAGAUCAUCUAACAAUUACAGGUAAUGUCUUUUUAGGUAAAAACGUUACAUUAAAAGGUACUGUCAUUAUUGUUUGUUCUGAUGGCCAAAAGAUUGACAUUCCAAAUGGAUCAGUCUUAGAAAAUGUUGUCAUCACUGGUAACUUGCAAAUUUUGGAACAUUGA